AUGUGUGUGUGUGUUAGAAGGAAAGAUGUAAGCGUCGCCGCAGUGACGGCGGCAAUGCUGUCUAAUCUCAACCGGUCCCCACCACCGCGCCACCAAACGGACCGUAGGCGCGGGGGUUCCCCGCGUCGGUGCGGGGCUCGUGCGAACGUGACCGCGUCCCGCACCUGCUCACCUCGCAUCGCGUCGCAUCACGCUCCAGCACGCCCCCGCACACGCGCGCGGGCGCGACACCUGCCAAAACAGCUCCGUGCCGGCGCGCGGGGGAGACGAGGUGGAAGAUGCUGGCGCAGCUGCGGAGGAGGGGGGGUUACCGGUUGCGAUGGCUCUGUGGCAACACGUUGCUUCGGCAGCGUCGUUGACCGGGAGGUUGAAGGGUUAGAGGCAAGUCGGCCUCGUCGGAGGUCCGCGGAGACUAGUUACCUCACCUGCGCCUCCCAGGGAGAGGGGAGCACCACGGAUGCGCGCACCCGCGCCCGGAGAUCUCGGCGGCCUCAGGGGCCGGAAGCUGCUCAGCGAACGAAGAUGCGUCGUGUGGACCCGGGGCCCACUGUUGAUGUACUCCGCUCGCCGCGUCAAAGGAGAGAACAGGACCUCCUUUCUCCCUGGUGUACCGCCACGCCGCACCGCAGCUCUGCUCCCCGUCGGUGCAUUCGCCUUUGCAGCUGUGUGUUCAGCGCGGGGCGGGCGAUCCCCGUCGUAAAACACAUGGCGUUUCCUCGCGGGCGGGACGAGAUGUGCCGGGCUGAGCAGACGGGGCGGGGUGGGCGGGGCGAGGCGGGCGGGGCGAGGCGGCGGGGCGGGGCGAGGCGGGCGGGGCGAGGCGGGCGGGACGAGGCGGGCGGGGCGAGGCGGGCGGGGGGGGCGGGGCGAGGCGGGCGGGGCGGGGCGAGGCGGGCGGGGCGGGGCGAGGCGGGCGGGGCGGGGCGAGGCGGGCGGGGCGGGGCGAGGCGGGCGGGGCGGGGCGAGGCGGGCGGGCGAGGCGGGCGGGGCGAGGCGGGCGGGCGAGGCCGGCGGGGCGAGGCGGGGCGAGGCGAGGCGGGCGAGGCGAGGCGGGCGGGGCGGGGCGAGGCGGGCGAGGCGGAGCGAGGCGGGGCGAGGCGAGGCGGAGGCGAGGCGAGGCGGAGCGAGGCGUGGCGGAGCGAGGCGAGCGAGGCGAGGCGGAGCGAGGCGAGGCGGGACGAGGCGGGGCGAGGCGGGCGGGGCGAGGCGGGCGGGGCGAGACGGGCGGGGCGAGGCGGGCGGGGCGAGGCGCGGGGGCGAGGCCGGCGGGGCGAGCGGGGGCGGGUGGUGCGGGAUGGGGCAGAGGCCCCCCUGGGGGGGGGUGUUUUGGGGCCAGGCUCCGGAGCAGGCGGUUGGCGAGGGAGGAUAAGACGAGAGCAAGUACAGCGCUCUUGUCAUACUGUCGUGCGCUCGUCGCGUGCCGGACGCGAAUGCGUUGGUGUUGGCGCGCGCCGCUCACGAUGCGUAGGUCUCCAUGUGCACACCUCUGACCAUCAGCCAGUUAACGCGCGCCGCCGCCGGGUUCGUUUGCACGAUCUUCCUCUGGGAGCCGCUGCACGGGCAUCGACGCCACCGAGUAUUGACUUUUGCCGUUUCUCUAAUUACAGGCGACGUCUGCUUUUCGGCCCCUCCCCCCGCCUCGCUUCCCCCUUGCCACUCCCCCCCCCCCCGCCUCUCGUAUCGACUCCGGAUGUAGGUGCCGCCGAAUCUAUUGGACCUGCGCUUGCAGUGGUCGCGAUAGAGGAUAGCGGAAGGAAGACCGGUUGCGAAAUUCCGGUUCCAACCGCGUGGCGGUGCGAGACAGGGAAUGGGAAGAAAAGAUCGCGCGAGGUCCUACCGUACAGCGAAGUCGCAAAGUUCCGUCUCGUGCCACUGGGCUACUGCGCCAGGACGCACAUUUUUCACACCCAGCGGGCUGAAAAUUACCGAAACGCGGAGCGGAGCGGGGCGCUUUAUUCAUAUGCGGUCGGCGCCAUUGUGCGCCGCGCGCGUGGCAGAGGUCUUCGCGAGCCAAUUUCCUUUCCCCGGUCGUCGGUCCCCGGUACAUGUAAUAAUAAUAAUAAUAAUAAUAAUAAUAAUAAUAAUAAUAAUAAUAAUAAUUUCAAAAAUAGGACACUUCUUAUGCUCUCCGCCCGUUUUAAUAUCUCGCCGCUUUCGGCGCUCGGCGAACGUGUCAUCCCCUUGCGUCGAUCGCGCGCGAAAUCGCCUCGUCCCACCAUGGGCAUAGUUGUUGGUCCCUUGACUUUCAUGUGUGUGUGUUUUUUCCGCGGAUGGUCUAGAGAGCCUGCUGACCACAAACCGAGGAGACCGCCUGUAGGUGUACUUGGGGCAAAGAACAUAACUUAG